AUGUCUCAUUCUUCAUAUCUCUCUCUAUUUUCAUCUCCCUCUCUCUCUCUCACUCUUCAUAUAUCUCUCUGUUUUCAUCUCCCCCUCUCUCUCUCUCUUCAUAUCUCUCUCUACUUUCAUCUCCCUCUCUCUCUUCAUAUCUCUCUCUACUUUCAUCUCCCUCUCUCUCUCUCUUCAUAUCUCUCUCUAUUUUCAUCUCCCUCUCCCUCUCUCUCUCUCUUCAUAUCUCUCUCUACUUUCAUCUCUCUCUCUCUCUUCAUAUCUUUCUCCCCCUCUCUCUCUCCAUCUCUUCAUAUCUCUCUCUAUUUUCAUCUCCCUCUCCCUCUCUCUCUCUCUUCAUAUCUCUCUCUACUUUCAUCUCUCUCUCUUUCUUCAUAUCUCUCCCCCUCUCUCUCUCCAUCUCUUCAUAUCUCUCUCUUGAUAUCUCUCUCUACUUUCAUCUCCCUGUCUCUCUUUUCAUCUCUCUCCCCUCACUCUCUCCCUCUCAUCAUAUCUUUCUCUUCAUAUUUCUAUCUAUUUUCAUCUCCCUCUCUCUCUUCAUAUUUCUCUCUACUUUCAUCUCCCUCUCUCUCUCUUCAUAUUUCUCUCUACUUUCAUCUCCCUCUCUCUCUCUCUCUCUCUCUCUCUCUCUUCAUAUCUCUAUCUUCAUCUCCCUCUCUCUCUCUUCAUAUCUCUCUCUACUUUCAUCUCCCUCUCUCUCUCUCUUCAUAUCUCUCUCUAUUUUCAUCUCCCUCUCUCUCUCUCUCUUCAUAUCUCUUUCAUAUUUCUAUUUUCAUCUCCCUCUCUCUCUCUUCAUAUUUCUCUCUACUUUCAUUUCCCUCUCUCUCUCUUCACCUCUCUCUUUAUUUUCAUCUCCCUCUCUCUUUAUAUCUCCCCCUCUCUCUCUCUCUUCAUAUCUCUCUCCCUCUCUCGCUGUAUGGCGUAGUGUUUGACGAUGAGGUUAUGCUGCCUUUAGACGGCUUCCUACCUUUUGUUGCUCUCAGCAAUACUUUUUCGCUUCUGAUACUUUUUCUAUCUUUCUAUCUAAUUGCGUUCUUCUUUUCAUAUUUCAAAUUUCUGACAACACUAACUUCUUUUUCGGACAACGACACAAAACCUGAUAACUGA